UUACCAUUUUUCAAACAGCUAUCAGAUGCUGGUCAGUUUUCACUUGCUGCAUUGUGUUCAGUUUCACUACGAAUCUUAUUUGAAGAAGAAAGUAAUGACAAAUUUAAGAAGGCUACCCUUGCUUUAUUAUUGAAGUAUGCUAAACAACCGGAUCAGGUACGGGACUCAGUAUUAGCAUUAUUAGAAGGUCAAGGAAUGGACAGUACGGACCCAUAUGUUGAUAUUUUAUUAAUGGAUGAUGUUAUAAAACAGAAUGGAAAUGCUGAACCACUAGUUAAUGAUUUAAUAGCUAUGGCUAUUAAAGAGGGCUGCUAUGAUUCCAGAUUACGUGUGUUAAUUAAACACGUCACCUGGCAGUUACGAGUUACCUGGGAUCAAAUGGAAGAGAUAGAGAAUGCACUAGCUCAAACUCUGGCUGAAGCACAGUAUCACAUGUCAGAUGAUGAGAACAAGGAAAAGUUAAAGAAAGCUAGAAAUAGUAAAUUAAAGAGAUAUGCAUUGAUUGGAUUAGCUACAGUUGGUGGUGGUACAUUGAUAGGAUUAACUGGAGGUCUGGCAGCACCACUAGUUGCAGCAGGAGCCGGUGCCAUUAUAGGUGGUGCUGGAGCUGCAGUACUAGGAACCACAGCUGGUGUAGCUAUUAUUGGUUCUUUAUUCGGUGUUGCAGGAGCUGGAUUGGCAGGAUAUAAAAUGAGAAGAAGAGUUGGUGCUAUAGAAGAGUUUAUGUUUGAACCAGUUGUAUCAGGUCAAGCUUUACAAUCAGAGAGUAUAACAAAACAACUACACAUUACAAUAGCUAUUACAGGAUGGUUAUCAUCUAAAGUCAGAGAUUUUCGACAGCCAUGGCAGUCAUUAGCAGAGUCCAAAGAACAAUACAGUUUAAAAUGGGAAUCAAAAUAUCUUGAUGAAUUGGGCAAAUCAUUUGAAUAUAUCACUAGUAUGGCGGUUUCUAUGGCUGCACAAGAGGCCUUAAAAUACACAGUUCUUUCAGGUUUGAUUGCAGCAAUAGCCUGGCCGGCAACUCUAUUAUCAGCUGCUAAUGUUAUAGAUAAUCCCUGGAGUGUAUGUUUACAUAGAGCUAAUGCAGCCGGAAGACAAUUAGCAGAAGUAUUAUUAGCUAGAGAACAGGGUAAUCGUCCAGUAACAUUAAUAGGCUAUAGUUUAGGAGCAAGGGUUAUCUUCUCCUGUUUAGAAGAGCUUACUAAACGUAAAGGUAGUGAGGGUAUUAUAGAAGAUGUGAUAUUAUUGGGUGCUCCAGUAUCUGGUGAUGUUAAACAUUGGGAGCCUUUAAAAUUGGUUGUUGCUGGUAAAAUUGUUAAUGGUUAUUGCAGAGGUGAUUGGUUGUUAAAGUUUUUAUAUAGAACAUCAUCAGUACAGUUUAGAGUUGCUGGGUUAAAACCAGUAAAAUGGGACAAUAGAAGAAUGCACAACAUAGAUCUCAGUUCUGUGGUAAAUGGACAUAUGGAUUAUGAAAGACAGUUACCUACUAUAAUGAAAGCUGUGGGUGUAAGAACUAGA